UAGCACCCCACCCCUUUCACACCCCUAAGCAUUCCAGCGGAAAAACAAAUAACUCUCCGCGCAGUCUGCUUUCUGCUGGACGUGUUGCGGAUGAUACUUGUUUGAAAAUUGAAGCUCUGCAACAUGGUGGACUUCGACGUUGGAGUGAUUCUUCCAGCAGCCGGCUCAGGAGAGAGACUGGGAGGUUCCACCCCCAAACAAUACUGCAAAAUAUUGGACAAACCUCUCUUUCUUCAUGCCUUGGAAUCAUUUGAAAAUAUUUCCUAUGUACGCCACAUUGUUUUAGUGGUUGAUGAUCCAGCAAAUGUUGAAGCUCUUCUUCAAGAGUCCAACUGUCCCAAGGUAUUGGUUGUUCAAGGAGAGACCACAAGACAUCGAUCCAUUCGUGCUGGUCUUCAAGCACUAUCAAAAUUGGAUUGUGAACUUCGCGUGGUCAUUGUGCAUGAUGCUGUUCGGCCCAUCGUUCCAAGUGAUUUGGUUGAGCAGUUGGUAAAGGCAGCCAAUGAAAAUGGCGCAGCAGGCUCUGUAUGUCCCUUAAUAUCAACAGUCCUUAGUGCAGAGAGUGACGGAUCACUUCAGACUGCUCUUGACAGGAAGUCUCAUCUAGCCAGUGAAACUCCACAAGCUUUCCAAAUGAAUGUUCUUCUGUCUUCUUACAACAAGUGCACUGAAGAAGAUUUGGAUUGUGGUACAGAAUGUCUUCAACUCGCACUUCUAUAUGCUGGUGUGCAUGCCCGUCUGAUUAAGGGCUCCCCAAAUGAUCUUUGGAAGGUUACCCUGCACCGUGACCUGCACAUGGCAACUGAAUGUCUAAGAGAGCGCAGUAAUUCAGUUUGUAUAAUGGCUACAGAGGAUAGCGAACCAGCAAAGUUGCUUUCUGAAAGCCUUGCUUCACAUGUCCAGAGAGUAGAAAGAGUUUUGACAAGCAAUGAGGACAGUGUCAGUCGCUCCUCUGGACAGAUAUUCAAUAACAUUAUAUUUUUUCAUGCAAGUCAAAUAGACAUGGAAAGCCCUCUAUUAAAUUUUUCCUCACUUUUUGACCUUGAUAAUCAGGGUCUCAUUAUCCACGUUCUAGAACAGGGUAAUGCUGAGGAGCUUCAAACCAUGAACGUAUAUGACCUACAGUUAUCAGGACAACGAAUGGCCCGUCAGUAUCAAAAACUGAAGAAAGGAGUUGUUGUCAUUCAUUGUCUUGAUAAUGACACAGAUUCUACCAAUUUGGUGCGCCUUGUGACUUCACUUUUAAAAGCACAUCCUUUUUCACUAUCAGGACAAACGCUGUUCCUGUAAAUGACUUACUUAAAUC